CUCCCGGCCCCCCAGGCGGACGCUGGCGGAUGUAAUCAUGGAGAAGAUCACGGAGAAGCAGACGGAGGUGCAGUCGGCGCUGUCGGAGCUGUCGGGCCGCCCCGUGCCCCAGCUCGACCCCCGCGUGCUGGAGGUGUACAGAGGUGUCCGAGAGGUGCUGUCCAAAUACAGGAGUGGGAAACUCCCCAAGGCAUUUAAAAUCAUUCCUGCCUUGUCCAACUGGGAGCAGAUCCUCUACAUCACGGAGCCUGAGACGUGGACGGCAGCGGCAAUGUACCAGGCCACAAGGAUAUUUUCAUCCAACUUGAAGGAGAGGAUGGCCCAGAGGUUCUACAAUCUGGUAUUGUUGCCACGGGUCAGAGAUGAUAUUGCUGAGUAUAAGCGCCUCAACUUCCACCUCUAUAUGGCUUUGAAGAAGGCUCUAUUCAAGCCAGGAGCGUGGUUCAAAGGAAUCCUCAUCCCCCUGUGUGAAUCGGGGACCUGCACGCUGCGGGAGGCCAUCAUCAUCGGCAGCAUCCUCACCAAAUGUUCCAUCCCCGUCCUGCACUCCAGUGCAGCCAUGCUGAAGAUCGCUGAGAUGCCAUACAACGGUGCCAACAGCAUCUUCCUCCGGCUGCUCAUUGACAAGAAGUACGCGCUGCCCUUCCGCGUGGUGGAUGCCCUGGUCUUCCAUUUCUUGGCUUUCCGCACAGAUGAGCGCACCCUGCCCGUGCUGUGGCACCAGAGCUUCCUGGCUCUCGCCCAGCGCUACAAGGAGGACCUGUCUUCAGAGCAGAAGGAGGCUCUGCUCGAGCUGCUCAAGUUCCACAGCCAUCCGCAGAUCUCAGCGGAGAUCCGGAGGGAGCUAGCAAACUCCAAGACGCGGGAUGUGGAGGGGCAGGAGCCUGCAGCCAUGGAGUGAGGGGGGAAGUGGGAAAAACCAGGGCCUGGCCUGCUCCUAGGGGCUGCUGCACACUGCUGGGAGCAACACCUCCAGGAGGUGUUUGGGAACAUCCAGCCCUGGGAUCCCGCUGCUCGUGGUGCUGUACCCACAGGGCUGGGCUGUGCUCCCUGCACUACUUGUUGCAAGGCAGUCCCAUGCCUCUGGCACCCAGGAAAGCAGUAGGGUUUGCCCUGCUUCUGUUUCGGAAAAUAAAGCCCAAGCUGGGUCCUGCAGUCUGGA